GAUACUCUGGGUAGUCAUUCAUUCCAUAAAUAUUUAUUAAGCAUCUACUGCGUGCCAGACACAGAUCUGGGCGCUGGUAAUAAAAGAGUACGCAAGAAAGACAGUCUCUUCUCAUGGAGCUUACAAUUUGCUGGAAGGAGACAUUUAUGUUUUGUUUCAUAUGUCAGGUGGUGAGAAGUCCUGAAAUGAAAAAGAAAACAUGUUAAGAAAAGAAACACGCUGGGCAUAGUGCUGAAAACCUUCAAGGUUUAAUCUCUCUCCGGUUGCCAGCAGGGAAAUACAGCCUGAGCAGAUUCCUGGAAGAGGAGUUGCUGGGACGAAGGAACACGUGUUUUAGAUUCUGAUACAGUCUUUCUGCGCGUGCGUUGGUACAUCUAUCAAUGACGGUACCUCUCAGAGCAGUGUCACACUCUGGUCACUGUGGAUUCCUGACCCUUGAUCCUUCUGGUGGCUUCCUGAUCCCAGUGGCCCUCCUGCUUCUGGCCACUCCAGAGCCUGCUCCUGUUCGCCUGCCCUCCCCUAGAUGUAUGACCCUCAAGGACCUGCCCUGGGCCCUCUUCUCCCUCUUCUGAAACAGACAUAUCCAUGUCCAUGUGCACAGUGUUCGCUUUAAGUGGGGGAUCCUGGAUCUACUUGAUAUAUGAGCUUUGGACUUUCCCGUACCCAGGGUCAGAAUGCUGCCCCUCUGUCCUGCUCUAGCUGUAGCAGUCUUCCAGAUCUUUAUCUUCUCAGAAAACCGGGCGUUUGCCAAGAACAUCAACUUCUAUAACGUGAGGCCUCCUCUCGACCCUACACCAUUUCCAAACAGCUUCAAGUGUUUUACCUGUGAAAAUGCAGGAGAUAAUUAUAACUGCAAUCGAUGGGCAGAAGACAAAUGGUGUCCACCAAAUACCCAGUACUGUUUGACAGUUCAUCACUUCACCAGUCAUGGAAGAAGUACAUCCAUCACCAAAAAGUGUGCCUCCAGAAGUGAAUGCCAUUCUGUUGGCUGCCAGCACAGCCGAGAUUCUGAACAUACAGAGUGCAGGUCUUGCUGCGAAGGAAUGAUCUGCAACGUGGAAUUACCCACCAACCACACGAAUGCGGUCUUCGCUGUAGUGCACGCCCAGAGAACGUCUGGGAGCAGCGCCCGCACGCUCUGCCUGCCCCUGCUUGCCUGGGUCUCCUUGCUGCCGUGGAUCUGAUGCCACCAUUCUGAGGCGAGGCAGAGACCAGCCCUCUUUAGCACGGACUAAAAACUGUGUAAACAGUGAACUGAGCGAACCCUGGUCUUGCAGUUGGUGAAGAGUACACGUUGGACUCCAAAGCAGAAGACAGUUGUUUGCAUCACUAAAAUGCUCCUGCCUGAGGCCCUGGGCUUGAGGAAGGGAAUUUGGCCCAGAAUGAGGGCAUUAGCUGUCUUCCAGGCUUCCUGGUCAGAGAGGCUGCAUUUUGUUACUUUUGCAGGGACGAUCCUGCCAGCAUCCACAACGGGCAGCUUGUAGUAGCCUAUAUUGUCCCAGCCAGACCAGGCCUUUAGCUGAAAGGACUCCUUGACCUCAUUGACCCCCUUCAGAGGCUGCUGGGUCAGAUCCUCUCUUUCUGUGAUUAGCUCACAGUGUUUCUAGGAAGUCUAACCCUUCCCCCGAUGAGAAAGCAAUUUCCCUGACAAUGUGUAGUCCAUGGGAAAGGCAAGUAUAGGAGAAAAACUCCUACUUGAACUACUAUGAAACCCAUUUGCUAAUUGUGGGGGAGGGGGGAAAUAAAGCUUUUAAAUUAUACAGUGUAAAA